GCUCGUUGCCCUUUUGGCCGUGAUGGAGUCUCCAUAUUUGUUGAUAUCCACUCCCGGGUCACUGUGGCUCUCCCUUCCCACCCCCCCAUUCCUUUCACCGCGCCCCUCGUUCGUCGGUGACCCGUCAUCAGAAUAAUAAGUGUCCGUAACUAUAAAUCCGGUGCCCCUCCACUUCCUCCAUCUCCGGUGGUACCGCAUAAUACCGAAUCUUAAAUAAAUUCUUCUUAAAUCCGCUUCAUAUUUUCAUCCCAGAUACCAAUUAGCCUACUACCUACCUCUAAAGUCCCCCUCCUUCCAGGUCUUAUCCACCAUGUCCCCGCCAGCUAUCAUUGCUCCCUCCAUCCUGAGUGCCGACUUCGGCACCCUGGGCAGCGAAUGCUCGACCAAGAUCGCCCAAGGAUCCGACUGGUUGCACGUCGACAUCAUGGACGGCCACUUCGUCCCCAACAUGACCUUUGGCGCCCCCGUCGUCACCAAGAUUCGCUCUCAUGUUGCUCGUCCCACCGAACCCCACGGCAAGGGUACCUUUGACUGCCACAUGAUGAUUCAGGAGCCCCACAAAUGGGUCAAGGACUUCAAAGACGCCGGCUGUGAUCUCUACUGCUUCCACUACGAAGCCGCCAUUUCCUCCACCGCUGCUACCAGUCCCGCCGACAACACCACAACCACCAAGACCAGCCCCAAGGACCUCAUCCGCUAUAUCCACGAGGAGGGCAUGCAGGCCGGAAUUGCUAUCAAGCCCGAUACCCCCGUCGACGUCCUCUGGGAUAUUCUGGCAAAUGAGAACGAGAAGGAACGUCCGGAUAUGGUCCUGGUUAUGACCGUUCACCCCGGAUUCGGUGGUCAGAAGUUCAUGGCCUCCGAGCUGCCCAAGGUCAAAGCUCUGCGCGAAAAAUACCCUAACCUCAACAUCGAGGUGGAUGGUGGCUUGGGACUGGGCACGAUUGACCAGGCUGCUGAGGCUGGCGCCAACGUCAUCGUUGCGGGCUCGGCCGUCUUUGGCGCCCAGGAUCCCGCCGACGUCAUCGCUAAGCUCCGCGAGACUGUUAACAAGUAUCGCAAGGAGUAA